AACAAUUAGAUCUCUCCACGCGUCAUUCUUCUUUUCGUCCUCUAGAUGUCACCCUAGCACCACGCGCGGAUCCCUGGCGGUCACGUGAUCGCUGUCAGCUGGCUCGUCACUUCUGGUCCAAGAUGGCCGCGCUGAGAAGGAACCUGAUGCAGAAUGAGCAGUUGAGUUGGACAGAUGACCUCCCCCUCUGCCAUUUAUCCGGCGUAGGAUCAGCUACAAACAGAACCUAUAACCCAGAAGGGGUCCCGAAGGAAGAACACCCCUGUGAAGACAACUGGCUCAAGUUCAGAGGAGAGAAUAAUAUUUAUCUUUACGGUGUGUUCAAUGGAUACGAUGGCACCAAAGCCACAAACUUCGUGGGCCAGAGGUUGGCGGCCGAGCUCCUUUUGGGGCAGGUCCAUUCAGAUGUCACGGAUGAAGAGGUCCAGAGAGUGCUGCUGCAGGCAUUUGAUGUGGUCGAAAGAAGUUUCCUGGAGUCUAUAGAUGAUUCUUUAGCAGAAAAAACAAGCCUCUUGUCUCAGCUGCCGGAGGGUGCGGUACUCCAGCAGCUCCCUAACCAGUACCAAAAGAUUGUAGAACGACUCAACACCCUAGAAAAGGAGAUUUACGGGGGCGCAAUGGUGAUCGUGGUGUUAAUUGUGAACAACAAACUUUACGUCGCCAAUGUUGGUACCAACAGAGCUCUCCUAUGUAAAUCCACUGUGGAUGGACUGCAGGUCACACAGCUUAAUGCUGAUCACACAACUGAAAAUGAAGACGAGAUAUUCCGAUUGUCCCAGCUUGGAUUGGACACGGCCAAGAUAAAACAAGCAGGCGUUAUUGGAGGUCAGACAAGCACUCGCAGAAUUGGGGACUACAAAGUCAAGUAUAACUACAAUGACAUGGAGUUGCUGAGUGCAGCAAAAUCUAAGCCAAUCACAGCAGAGCCAGAAAUCCAUGGCUGCCAGACGCUGGACGGUGUGACUGGCUUCCUGGUGCUGAUGUCAGAAGGGCUCUACAAAGCUCUGGAUGCCGCACAUGGACCUGGACAAGCAAACCAGGAGAUAGCAGCAAUGAUCGCCACAGAGUUCGCCAAGCAGGUGUCGCUGGAUGAUGUCGCUCAGGCAGUGGUGGAAAGGGUCAAGCGGAUUCAUCACGGCACUUUUGUCAGCGGUGGAGAGCGCGCCAAGUUCUGUACCAAACAUGAGGACUUGACCCUUCUUGUCCGCAACCUGGGCUACCCUUUGGAAGAGGUUAACCAGACUACCCUUACCCCUACCCAGGGUGGUCGUGUAUACCCGGUAUCUGUGCCAUAUUCCAAUGCCCAGAACACCAGUAAAACCAGUGUCACUCUAUCAUUGGUUAUGCCAUCACAGGGAACAAUGGUGAAUGGUACUCAUAGCAGUUCAACGCUGGAUGGAACAACUCCAACGAUGCAGUCACCAAGCGCAACUCUCCAGUCCACCAACACUCACACACAGAGCAGCAGCUCCAGCUCGGACGGUGGCCUCUUCCGCACUCGCCCGUCACCAUCUCUUCAGCCCGACGAGGACGGCCGUGUAGAACCUUAUGUGGAUUUCACAGAGUUCUAUCGACUCUGGAACAUGGAACACGGUGAGCCCACAGCCUUAGCUACCGCUCAGUGAGACGGACGUUGCUUGUGGUCACCUGUGACUGUUGCAUUAUGUAUUAUAAACUGCAAGAAAGCGGACUUAAACAUGGCGAGACCACCGCGUUGGAGAGAGAGCGGUCUUGGUUGUCACAAUGUGGAUUGGACGUCGCUAUUUUUGUCCCUGUGGUACUGGUUGUGGUGCCCAAGGAUGUUUUGUGUAUAUUUAAUUCUCCGUUUGUUUCUGCUGUCUCCUGGUACACUGUAGCAGAGCCUCCUCCCUAAAUAUGACUGAACUUUGGUCUGGGACAUAGGACGAUGCACAUUUAAGAGGUCACCGUCAUCUUCACCCAUAUCGUGGAUUAUUCUUACAUUUUGAAAGCAAUAAAUCUGUUGUUAUAAUAUCCAGGGCUUUUACUUAAGAAGCCAGAUUUUUCUUUCAGUAAUGAAACAUUCCAGUGAAAUCAGAUUAGAUGGCUUCUUGUUUUCUUUGGGGAGACUAUUGAGGCAGCUGCGGGGCCAAUGUAAGCAAAGGGAAUGGACACCGCAGCGAAUGUUGUUUCUUCUAUCGUCGUGAAUUCUAAACUACUAAGUACGAAAUGUGGAACUGUGAAAAUGUCUAAUUUUGCUUCUCACAGCUAGGCCUUACUUUACCCAGAGGAAGGAUUGCUUCUGCUGCCCUAGUCCUAUUUUCUGAUCAUGUGCCCUGAUGACACCCAGCACCCCAGGAACAUGAUGUGCCAGCCCCCUAGAUUUAUUCCUAUCUUUUACAUACUUCUUUACAGCUAAUUGUUAAAAAUAAAAAAAUAAAUACAAAUUUAUGCUUUUAGAGCAUUUUUUUUUUUUUCAAAGAGCGUGCCUCCAGCUGUUACAAAACUACAUCUUCCAGCAUGCAGGGACCGGCAUUGGAGGCACCCUGGAUGGGAGACAGUGGUCUAUAGGAUAGAUCUCAAAACUGGACCCCCAGCCCUGGCAAAACUAAAACUCCCAGCAUGCCUAAUGGCACCCGAGGU